AUGAGAGAAGGUUUAGAGAAGGACAACAAGGAUGAGUCGUGGGGGAUUUCUGUCCCCUCCCCUGAUGGCUCCUUGUCUUGCUCCUUUCCUCCUCUCCUGCUGCCCUCAGGGACCCUUGUGCCGCAGAAGAAGCGGGCCGAGGCGGGGAGUGAGGGCCCGCUGGAGUUCGAGGUGCCCGAGUCCUUCCUGGCUUGUCUGCAGGGGAUUGUCGCCAGCUUCCAGGAGCACCUGGCUGAGCUGGUGCCCCACAGAGUCUCCAGCCUCUGCCUGCAGGUGGCCCUGGAGGUCACCAGCCAGAAGCUGCCCAAGACCUGUGCUGAGCUGUGCUGUGCUGUGAUUGGCUACCUGAGUUCCCGGAAUGCCUCUUCCACAUCCAGCCCUUUGCUGGUGUUCCUGAAGGACCCCACGUGCAGCCGGGUGUUGGACAAGGUGCUGGAGGUGUCAGAGCCCCGGGCCCUGCGGAUGCUGUAUCGGCAUCACUUCCGGGGCCAGCUGCGGGUGCUGGCAGGGCACGGUGUGGCCAACUUUACCGUCCAGCACCUCAUUGCUGCCGCCCCCUGCAAGAUGCUGGGGAAGGUGCUGGCAGAGCUGGGCCCAGCCUUGGAGGAGGUUCUGGCCUGUGGGCACCCUGGGGUGCUCACGGCCCUGCUGAGAGCCUGCCGGCAGCAUGGUGCCCAUCAGCAGGAGGCACUGCAGAUGGUCCUGGAGGCUUUCCACUGCUGGGACCCACCUGCCCGCCAGGAUUUCUGUGCUCCUCUCCUUGCUUCCCUGCAGACCUAUGAGGCCUACUACCCAUCAGAGGAGGGGCUGGGGGCAACAGAACAGCAGCCUGGGCCCCUGCCUGCCCUUGGCUCCAUCUCCCUCCACGGCUCCCUCCUGCUCCAGCACCUGCUGCACUUUGCCGACCCUGGCCCUGUGCCGCACAGCCUGGCAGCGCUGCCUGCCCUAGACCUGGUGACACUGGCCUGCAGCUCAGCUGGCAGCCACGUUUACAACGCCCUCCUCUCCAGCUCCUCGGUGUCCCCCAAGCAGAGGCGCAAGGUGCUGCGCAAGCUUAAGGGUCACUAUGGGUCUCUGGCCUGCAGCAAACAUGGCAGCCGGGUUCUGGAUGCUGUGUGGAAUGGGGCCACCCUCCCGGAGAAGCAGAAGAUCGCUAUGGAGCUUGCCCCACAGGAACAGCAGCUGUGUCAUGACCCCUUUGGGCGCUAUGCGGUCCGCAACUUCGCCCUGACCCAUUUCCGGAAGCGCCGGAAAGACUGGGACCAGGUUCAGGAGGCUGACGCGCGGCGUCGGGAGCUGUUCGCUGAGAUCCUGGAAGACUGAGCAGCAGGAAGCUCUGCUGGACUAAUUGGAGAGAGCUUGGAGGACUCUAGCUUGGGGCUCCUUGUCAGCCUUCUGUAUUUAGCCACAGAGAGCCUGGAGGACCAAGUGCUAGAGGGCUGCCAUGGGUUCUUUUUGACCCCAUUCAUCCGAGAGGCACUGGAGGACUGACUCCCCAAAAGGCCCCUUAUGCCCUUUGAAACGAUAGAGAUUCUGGGGGGGAGCUAGAAAAGCUCCUCAUGCCCCUUCUUUUCCUAACCACGGUGGCUGGGGGAACAAAGAGAACUGUAUGCUAGAAAGACUGUUGGACUUUGCAACCACAGAGACAACAAUGCAAGAAAAGGUUAUGUUCUUCUGCUCCUAACCAGAGAUCACAGAGGACUCAAGGGGACACCUGGGAAGUGUGCGUGAGUUUGUUUUCUUAUAUCCAGUGCUCUUGAGCUAUAGAGCUUUUGGAGGACUCCUCUUGCUAGGAGGGCUGCUCUGACCUCUCAGGCAAUCUGUUCCCAGCUGAGCAGGAGUUGGAUUCUACCCCAUCUUUCUAUAAAAGCAUCUAUUUCUCCACGGGCUUCGUGUGCUUGGGAGCAACAGGGAUUACCAUGAUGGGGACCCUGAAUACCCAGCUGCAUGGACAGGUUAAAAAAACGGUGGCUGAUGA